AUGUUAGUAUUCUUGGAGCUGCUGUUAAUAGUGAUGCCUCAAGUGGUGUGCAAGGAUCCUAGCCUUCAAUGUGACCUUGAGGAGCCUCCUCCUAUUCGUGACACCUAUCAUCAGAUUGGAGACAUCAACAUUGCUGGCAUUAUUUCUGCAUUGUCUAUAUUUUCUGAUCCUAUUGAUUUCAGUCAUCAUCCUUCUCAGGCAUUUCAGGAUGGAGCUGUAAUAAUUUUUCAGAGUUACCAGAAUAUCCUGGCCUUAGCGUUUACUCUAAAAGAGAUCAAUGAAAAUCCACAGAUCCUACCCAAUGUCACGCUGGGCUUCCAUAUUUUUAACAGCCAUUUUAGUCCAAGCUGGACCUACUUCGCCUCAAUGUUACUGCCUUUCACUCAGGGCAAAUUCAUCCCUAACUACAAGUGUGGGGUCCCAAAACGUUUGGCUGCAGUCAUUGGGGGACCGGAUAUCUCUCUUCACAUGGCAGCUAUAUUGUGCAUCUACAAAGUUCCUCAGUUGACCUAUGGCUCUGCUCCAGCCAUGGAUAAAGAGACUCAAGCAGUUUUCUUCCAGCAAAUGUUUCCAGAUGUAUCCCAUGAACAUCAGGGUCUCGUGCAGCUAUUGAAGUACUUAAGAUGGAUCUGGGUUGGAAUUCUUGUAGUAAAGGAUGAGAAAGCAGAGAAAUUUGUCCAGGAAGUAGUCCCUAUCUUUUCAGAGUUCGGCAUCUGCACUGAGUUCAUAGCAGAGUUACCAAAUUUAGAUUUUUACACUGAUUUUACUGAUGCCAUGGAUGAAGGACUAAAGAUAUACCAUGUUCUCAUGAACAGCACAGCCAAUGUGAUAAUUGUAUAUGGUAAAAUUCAGACCAUAACGUUUCUCAGAACUUUCCUCCGAUUUUCAGAAGUGGAGGAUAUACCAAAGAAGCAAAAGAUCUGGCUUAUAAAUGCUCAGACAGACUUCACCUCAUUUUCCCUUCAUAAAAAUUGGGACAUCCAUUUCCUACAUGGUGCUUUAUCCUUUGCAGUUCACACAAAACAUGUUCCACACUUCCAGGAAUUUCUUCGCAAUCUAAGUCCAAACAAUGACCCCCAUGAUCAUUUUCGAAAACAUUUUUGGGAACAGGCGUUUGAUUGUUUCUUCUCAAACUCAAGAACGGAGACGACUGAGAAAACUUGUACUGGACAGGAGAGAAUUGAGACCCUUCCAACGUCUGUGUUUGAAACACGCGUCACUGGCCAGAGUUACAAUAUUUACAAUGCAGUCUAUGCUGUGGCACAUGCUUUGCAAUCUCUGUAUUUAUCCAAAGCCAGGGAAACAUCAAUAAUGAAAAAAGGAAGGAAACAGUUUCACAAUAAAAUGUGGUGGCAGAUUCAUUCUUUUCUGAGAAGUGUCAGAUUCAACAACAGUGUUGGUGAGAAGAUUUCCUUUGAUGAAAAUGGAGAAUUCAUUGGUGGAUAUGACGUUAUCAACUGGGUCACAUUCUCAAACCAAUCCUUUGCUAGGGUCCAAGUUGGAAUGGUAGAUCCCACAGUUCCAGCAGACAAAUUCUUCAAUAUUUCUAUAGAUUCCAUCACCUGGCCAGGAGGUUUUAAUCAGGCAUUACCUUUAUCUCGGUGUAAUGAUCCUUGUGAGACAGGAUACAGCAAGGAAAAGAUAGAAGGGGAGUCUUUUUGCUGCUAUGCUUGCCGUCAGUGUCCUGAGGGGAAAAUAGCAAAAACAAAGGAUGUAGAUGACUGUUCUCCAUGUCCAGAAGAUCAAUAUCCAAAUGCUCACAAAAAUAUGUGCAUUCCAAAGCGGAUCACCUUUUUGACUUAUGAAGAACCCUUGGGGAUUAGUCUGACUAUUCUUUCAGUUUGCUUUGCUUUAAUGACAACUUUGGUAAUCACAAUUUUCAUGAAACACAAAGACACUCCUAUUGUCAAAGCCAACAACCGUAAUCUCACCUACAUCCUCCUGGUUUCCCUCCUCCUUUCUUUCCUUUGCAUCUUUCUUUUUAUUGGGAGACCCAACACAAUUGUGUGUCUCCUUCGACAACCAUCAUUUGGCCUCAUCUUUUCCGUGGCGGUUUCUUCUGUCCUGGCCAAAACCUUUGUUGUGGUUCUAGCAUUCAUGGCCACCAAACCUGGUUCCAGAUUGAGGAAAUGGGUGGGGGGGAGAAUGGUCAGUUUUAUUCUUCUAUCCUGUUCCCUUGUUCAAAUGUGUAUUUGUGCUGUCUGGCUGAUAAUGUCCCCACCAUACCCAGAUUUUGAUGCACACUCAGUGUCUGAAGAACUCAUCAUGGAAUGCAAUGAAGACUCAGUCAUGUUCUACUGUGUUUUGGGCUUUAUGGGUUUUCUUGCUCUUGUUAGCUUCUCUGCUGCUUUUCUAGCUAGGAAAUUACCCGAUAGUUUCAAUGAAGCCAAAUUCAUCGCCUUCAGCAUGUUGGUCUUUUGCAGUGUUUGGCUGUGCUUUAUUCCAACUUAUCUAAGCACAAGGGGGAAAUAUACCUUAGCUGUGGAGAUCUUCUCCAUGAUCUCCUCCAGUGCUGGCCUAUUGGUGUGCAUCUUCCUUCCCAAGUGUUUUAUCAUUGUGAUGAGACCUGAACUGAAUGAUAAACAUCAACUCAUGAAAAGACAGUUUUAA